CCUCAUCUUGACUAACCCAUUCCUCCAUAACGACAUCGCUACUAUCGGGUACUAUUGGGUACCAUCCCGGUACUACCAUGGAAUCCCAGUAUUAUAUGAUUAUAUCGCUACUACUGACUACUACCCAUUGGAUUCCUAUCGCAUGAUGGAUACUACUACCUGUAGUACUGUAGUACUGGUGCUCCUGUGGCUAUCCCUGUGCUGCAAUACAUUCGGUUUGUUUCUGGCCAUUAUACGCGAAUACAGCUCUCCUGAAGUACUGUACAGUACCAAUACACUAUCCACUCUACUGAUCGGAGUAUGUCUAUGGCAAUGUAAGAAGGCUGGGUACCUAGUACAACCAAUGACCUGGUACCAUUGGGUACUACUAGUUCUACUACUAUUACUACAGGUAGUGGCAGUUGUCUUGGAGCAAAAUGGCUGGGGUCUGUUUGCUAAUUUAUCCAUCACAUCGACAUAUCCCAUUUACGGUGUUGCAGUGGUACUGCUGGGUAUACUCGCCGGUACCCUAUACUGCGGCUGGAAGUGUAACCUGUUCUGUAGACCAUGUUGCAAAAGUCAGUAUGUUUGCUAUGGUAGUGCCAUAGUGGUAGUGCUAGCAGUGCUCGUGGUACUGGCUGUCACAGCAUCACUGCCAAAGAUUCCUGGAAGCGACGAUGACGAGGGUGAGCAAAUUGAUCAAAGUGAAGGGGAAACCAAGAUGCACACUAUUGGUUGCCUUGGUAAAGUGAUAUUACCCAUUACACAGUGCUAUACCAUGGCAGUGCUAUGGAUUACUAUACUAAGGUUACCAUAUACACUUCCACAACUGGUAACCAUUUUGGCAUCGGCACUGGCACUCACUUCCAUAUUGCCAUUGAUAGUUAUGUGCAGUAUUGAGCGUUUCGACAGUGCUACAGCAUACCCCCUCCUAGCAGUCCACCUACUGUCCCUCGGAAUUACCUGGUACUGUGUGGAGUAUAAAAAGGUGUUCCACUGGUCCAAGGAUUACAUGUGCUUCGGGGUACUAGGAAUAACGGUGAUACUGCUGGCAUUGGUAGACAUAGUAAUAGUGAUUUAUAUUGCAAAUUAUCCCCAAUUCAUCUCUGAAAUUAAAGGUAUGGAAUUUACCCUUCUGGGCUACUCAUUUCUACUGAUGGUACCUACAUUCUGGUAUGCAUACCGAUGCGGUCUACUUACAUGGAGAUGGAAUUCUUGUCUCCCCAAGAAAAAGGAUUUCAAGGCUCCUGACACUGCUGAUAACACUACCACAGACAGUGGUAUAGCAAAGGAAUAG